CUGUUGGGCUAAGCUAAAGGUAAGAAACCAGCAGCAGAGGAGCAGCAGAGGAGGAGCAGCAGAGGAGCAGCAGAGGAGGAGCAGCAGAGGAGGAGCAGCAGAGGAGGAGCAGCAGAGGAGCAGCAGAGGAGGAGCCUCUUCAGCCGUUUCAGACCACUGUUCUACCACCGCUGUGCUUCAACGCAGGGAUGGCGCCUCGUAUGGAUGACGUCAUGCGCCUGUGCUGUGAAAUCUCGGCUCAUGACCAGAUCAAAGUGGCGGUGAAAAGCUCCGCCAAAGGAGCGGCGGUGGCGGGGGGCACGGCGUUCGUCGGCGGGCUGCUCGGUGGACCCGCGGGGAUUGCUGUCGGUGCGGCGGUGGGGGGUCUGCUGGGCAGCUGGCUAACCAGCGGUCAGUUCAGGCCUCUGCCUCAGAUCCUGAUGGAGCUGCCGCCCAAUCAGAGGGAGCAUCUCUGCCAGGACAUCAACAGCAUUCUGGGCAGCUUGGACUGGACGGACGCGGCCCAGCUCAUCGCCCUGGUGAUGGGCAACGUAACCCUGCAGCAGCAGGUCACUGCUGCCUUGAUCAACUACGUCUCAAAGGAGCUCAGAGCCGAGGUGCAGUACGGGGACUGAGCUGUGGCUCAACACGGACCUCAGGGAUUCCCGGUUCAGAUGCUUGUGUUGUCAGGGAGACACUGGGAACAAUCAUGUGUUCUGUGCAAACUUCAUUCCUAAUGUUUUACAUCUUGUUGAUUUAAUCCCACACUUUCCCUAUUUCAAACUAUGCUGCCUUUUGUUUAUUUGAAGGGUCAAUAAGUUUUUAUUAUUUCAGUUAAAGGUCACCUUCAUUUUUAAAAAGAAAAAGUUAAAAUGAAUGAACAAAUCAGCGAAGUGAUCAUCGAUAUCUCAAGCUGGUAUCUGAAGAACUAAACAAGAAUUCACAGCAUUCACUCCAAAGUUGGAAAGUAAAGACUGUCAUGAUCAAGCUUCUUUAAUCUAAAUAAUAAAAUGUUUAUGCAGUUUAGGCUCAAAUUAUUCAAACCACAAGUGAAUCUAAGCUUACAGUGAUGUCAUGAGCCUUCUGGCUGGAAGUCAUGUGAAUGUUAUGGAUCGGUCCAGUCAGUCCUGAGCAGAAAGGUUAGGGUGAUGGUAAAGAGGCCUUCCAACCUCACAGACCUGGAAGGCAUCAGAAAUAAAUAAUGAAAUAGAAAAAACAUCAUGCUUGAUUUUUCUAUUGAUUAUUGAGAAGGGUGGAAAUUAUUUUUGAUGUGCCAUUUUUGCUGAAACUAAAUAAAACUUGUUUUUUUCAAAACUGAUGCACAUUUUUAAGUUUGAUGCCGUUUCAUUUCUUCUUGGACAUAAACUUAUUGGCAUAAAUCAUUUCUUUCCUUUGGACAGAUCCGUCUUCAUCCACUAGAGGGCAGUAGAAUACGAGAUAUGCAUUGAAUUUGUUUUCAAAACUUUAUUUGGUAAAAACUUCAGAUUCACACAAUGCAAUGACAUUUAAACAUAAGAGCAAAUCCUGACUUUUUUCUAGAAACAGCCCUUUUUGUCAGGCACAAAAGAUGGUGACAGAAUUCUAUUGAUAAGGCACAAAAUAAAGCUCAAAGUAAAACAGCACUCUUAUGAAAUUUAAUAAUCACAUAGUUUGGCAUUGUUCUGUAGGCCUCAGGUGAACAUAUGCAACUGUUAGCCAACCUGAAAGUUAAAAAAGAAGUUGCCUCCAUGGACUCAGCUGGACUCCUGCUGACAUCAAUAUGGAAAUGAUUAGUUCUUGUUUUUUACUUUAAAUUGAAAAUUAUUCAGUUGUCAGACAGACUGGUAGGUUUUAUUCAACCACACUGAUUUGAUUGGAUUGAUUUUAACCCAGUCAUCAGGCGUUAUCAGAGAAACUCAUUUCUCUGAUAUUUAAUCAACAUCAGAGAUAUUCUGACCUCAGAGCUCUGAAAGACACAGUCAUGGCCAAAAAACAAAAGAGGUGUUCAGUCAGAUGAUAUUAAUGAAAAAGCUAAUGUCCUGGAAUCCAUGACACAAGUUCACAUUUGUAGUAUUUGUAUUAAAGCUCAUCAAGCAGAGGAAACAUCCAUACAUUCAGUCUGGAAAACAAACGUUCUGUAGAUGUGCAAAACUGGUAGAGGCUGGAAUUGCAGCAAAACAUAAGUAUUGACUCAAGGGAACUGAAUACAAAUGUACAUCACACUUCAGAUAUUGUUGCAUGAAAUCCUAACAUUAAAGUAUUGUGUUUUGGGGGCACAUGUAGAACAAUCAAGUAGCUAUGUUACCUUCAGUUGUUAAAAAAAAUACAUAUCAAAUAUGACUUAAAGGAAAAUUGGCUUCAUAAUUUAAUGCUUUGAAAUUGGGCCUCUGUCUCUUUGAAACCUCUGCCUUCAGGAAGUCAUCACAACAUGGCUGCUCUAUUAACCCUUUAAUAACAACAUUAUUACCUCAGUGUUUAACUAA